GCUUUCCUCAAGAAAAUCGAGGAGCAAGUUCGGGACGAAUACACAGACGGGUUCACCGAGGCCUUGCGGAACGAAAUACGCCAGAAAAUGGUGCGGGAGGCCACGGAAAGAAAAUUUACCAGCGACGUCAAAUCCUACAAAAUCGCAGAGGAACUCAAGGCACAGUACUUGAAAAACAACGAGCAACCGCUCAAGGAUGAGCUUGUGAAGGAGUUCUUACUGGAAACCUCCGACGAGAAUCUCCGCACUAAAAUCAAGCAAAUGGAGUCGCUUAGCAUUGACCGGGGCACGUAUUUCGAGAAUAUCUUCGAGCACAUUCUCAGUGACUUCAGCCCCAGUGGACGAGGUGUUGCUCAAAAAGGCCAGACCGUGCCUCUGAACGGCUUAAGAGAGGUCACUGUUCCGCCCAAGAGCAGAAAGGAAUUGUCAGACGGAAGAGUCAGCAUCUCCGCUGAAGAUUUCACAGACUUGCAAGCAAAACACGAUGGCUUCGUGGCUUUUCUCCGCUCGUUGUCUGUGCCCCCAACCGAAAUUUUCUCGGGCUCUGGCGUUGUGCUCUCCGCUGGAAAGAAACACAUUCUAGGGGCACUCAAUGUCAUCAUUCAGAUCCGUGAGAUGGGGUCCGAGCUUCCCAUCGAGCUUGUGCUAGACGUGAAGACGGACUACAACAAGAGAAUAUGCGAGGUUGUUUUGCCCCGUUUCGAUGCAAAAUGCCUAGUCAUGGAGGAAGUAUUGGGGCUGGAGGCCUACGGAAAAAGCAAGCGAGACGGGUUCCCUAUGAAGUCCAUGGCUCUCAUUCUCUCUUCCUUCGACAACACAAUCUAUCUUGAUUCUGACAACUUCCCAAUCAAGAACGUGGACGAGCUACUCGAGAGUGAGCCUUAUCUUCAAACGAGGUUUCUUCUUUGGCCUGAUAAUUGGCACAAAGGCGUGUCGCCAACAUUCUACGACAUUGUAAGGCUAAGUGCUGGUGAACCCAUCAGAAGAGACGGCUUUUCAAACGAGGGCGAUUUUUCCUCGUACCUAUCCAGGAAAAGGGACCUGGAAAUAUUGCUCCAUGACUUGGAGGGGCUUCCACCGUUUGCCAGCGUCGAGUCGGGCCAGCUUGUGUUUUCUAAACGAGAGCAUUUUCGCAGUUUGUUUUUGACAUUAUAUUACAACUUGCAUGGAGAAAAGUACUACUACCCGCUCAUUUACCAAGGGGUAUUUGGAAGCGGUGAUCGAGAGACUUUCGUCCCAGCUUUACAUGUAAUGAACGAGCCCUACUACUUGACAGAUUGGCGAAUGAAAUUCAGCGGCGUCAGGCGAGAAAAGGUUAACAAGCCCGGGUCUUUUUUCUUUGAUGAAAGCACUAUGGUUCAAAGCGACCCUGCGUCGGCUCAGGCUUUUCAUAAAAGGUGGAGAUCUUGGCUCUCGAAACAAGGUCUCGAUUCACGGCUUGAUCCUUUUCAAAACGGGGAUUAUACUCUGAACCUAUGGAGACGGUUCUUUGAGGAAAAUAGCGAGAUGUCCGAGCCUGAGGCCUAUUUCUUGCAUGUUCACUCUCCCAAGAUAAGUUCCGUUUACAACGAGAAAUCUUCGAAAGCGCGGUACAAUUACCAAGAUCGGUAUAUCAGGGAGCUCGGCGAGGAAGGAAAAGCAGAUGGCUUGGGUCCCACAGACUGGGAAUUGAAAUUUCAGGCGAUAAACACCUGGAGCACUUGCGAAGGUAUGACGGACGACGAGUACUGGGCCUCGUAUCAGCUUGACCAGAAAGAUGUAUGCAAGAAAAUGAUGGACUACGUCGAAAUCUUGAAGGGCAAUUCC